UAAGCCACAAUGAUAGAUCAGCUCAGCUGUCCAGAGAGCUUGGAUUCACACUGCAAAAUCAGAAGCGUUGAUUCAACUUUCAUGGGUUCAAUUCAGCUCUUUCAAAGUGUUUAUUUACUGUUGAAAGAAUAAAGUUGGAACGACACUCUUUGUGGCUGAAUUUCAACACAAAGAGUGCAGAAUUUUAAGUUGUAGUGUCAAAACUUAACACUGGUGUUUUAAAGCAUUGGAUAAAGUUUAAAACAUCAACACUUUAGAAAGUGUCAUGUUACCAUGAACUCUGGAAAAACAUGCUGUCCACGACGAAGCUGAAAAAAUCCCCAUCUGUGCAUGAGGAAAAACACAAGUGACAGCUUGAAAAACUAUGAAACAGCGUAGAAAAACGGCUUUACAAAAACCCGGAAAUCGUAUUAUAACUUUAAUAGCAGGUAUGACUUUCAAUAGGGCAGAAGGUUCAUUUGAAUCAAACUUUAUUGUUCAGUGAGUCCAGACAACACCAUAAAAACACAACCUGCUUAAGGAAUAAAAGAGAACAAAGUAACAACAGCGAGAGUUUAUCUGCACUGAUGGUCGGAUCAUUUAAAAAACAAACCUCAUUCAAAAUACAACAGAUACAUUUUAAACAUUUAUAAUAGUAAAAAUACACGAGUAAAACAAUAAAAAAAAAUGAAAACUAAAAACACAAAAGACUUUUUAUACAAACAAUAAAAGACUUUUACUCUGAAAAAAAGAACAACAAAAACAAAUCUCCGCAUCCAAUCCUCCGCGCGCGCGCUAGCUCCGAUUGGACGAGCAUCUGGCGCACGUCUCCGCCCCCCUCAGUGCACGCGCUUGCUGUGGUCGCGUGAGGCAGAGCGAUACUGCACGCGGCUGGCUGUUCCAUCUCUGCCCGUCCCCCCUCCCGCCGCGACAGCAACGAGAUGCCCCCGCUUCAGCGCUGACCCCCCCCCUCCCGCUCCGGUCGAUCCGCGCGCUCGCUCCGGUUCGUUCCCGGUGAAGAUGGCGGCGGGGGCCGGCUGGCAGCCUUCCUUCAGCUCCACGAGCGCCGCCAAAUUCAUCCCGCCCCCCCCGUCCGGACUGACGCUGGAGUACACGCGGGACCUCCACCUGAAGAUGAGCAAGAAGAUCGCUCAGCUCACCAAGGUCAUUUAUGCUCUCAACACCAAGAACGAUGAACAUGAGGAGGAGAUCGAGUCUCUGAAGGAGGCGCACGAGGACGAGGUCCAGCACAUCGUGACAGAAACCAGAGAUAAGAUCAUGCAGUACAAGACCAAGAUGGCGGACGAGGCGGACCUGCGGCGCCGGCUGGCCAGCCUGGAGGAGUCUGUGGAGCUUCAUGAGCACAUGAAGAGACAGGCUCUGGCAGAGUUUGAGAUGUACCGGCAGAGGAUGGAGGACUCACAGCUCUGCACCGAGGCGCAGCACACGCAGAGGGUGGUGUCCAUGAGCAGGGAGGUGGAGGAGAUGCGUCGGGACUUUGAGGAGAAGCUGCGAGCCUUCAGCCAGGCUCAGGCCCAGUUUGAGGCUGAAAAACGGCGAGCGCUGGACGAGCUAAGGGCCACCCACCGCCACGAGGUGGACGAGCUUCGCAACAACCAGCAGAACCAGAGCGCCACCUCCACAGAAGACCAGGAGAGAAUGGCGGAGCUUCACAGGCAGGAGGUGGAGGCUCUGAUGGAGAGGGUGGAGGACAUCACCAAGGACAAGGUCCGCCUGGUGGAGGAGUACGAGGCCAAGCUGGCCAAAGCUCAGGAGUAUUACGAGAGGGAGCUGGAGGCCAUGAGGAGGACGCACCAGCUCACCACGGAGAACCUGCUGGCCUGGAAGAGAACGGAGGUGGAGCUCCGGAAGGAGUUCCAGGCCCAGGAAGCGGCGCUGCAGCGCUCCCUGUCCAAGCUGAGGAGCGAGCUCCAGAAGGCUCAGGAGGAGGCGCGCGAGAACCGAGACAAGACCAACAGGCUGCAGACGUCGCUGGCCAACGCGGAGGGAACCAUCAAGAACCUUCACAAGCAGCUGGAGGAGGCCAUCCAGGACGGCGAGAUCUGGGUGAUGCAGCUGAAGGACACGGAGUACGAGCUGGAGAGCAGCAGGGAGCGCGUGCAGCAACAGGCCACCGAGAUCCUUCACAAAGCCGGUCAGAUCGGUUCCCUGCAGGCCACACAAAUGGCUCACGAGGCCACCAUCCGGAACCUGGACCAGGACCAGAGCCGGCUCAAGGAGAAGAUCAGUCGGCUGGAGGAGGAGCGGGAGGUUCUGCUCAACCAGAGCCAGCUCCUCAGUGAGCAGCACAAACAGCAGGUGCUGAAGCUGGAGCAGUCUCUGCGGGAGGACCAUCAGGGCUACGAGAAGGAGCUGUCCAGGCUGAGAGCCCACUAUGAGGAGGAGACGCUGCGCUUUAAGGAGGCGCAGGUCAGAGCCCUGGAGGAGCUGGAGGAGAAGCACAGAGCCAUCAGGGAGGAGGCCCUGCAGGAGAAGGAGGAGGAGAAGAAGCUCCUCAUCACCAAAAUGAGUCAGGAGUUUGACAUCAAGCGUCUGUCACUGGAGGAGCAGAGAGACCGCCUCCAGCAGCAGCUGGACAACCUGAAGGAGGAGCUCUCAGCCAAACUCAACAUGGCCAAUCAGGAGGUGUCCCACCUCCAGGAGCUGGUGAGGGAGAAGGAGCAGAACCUCAGCUCAGCGCAGACGCAGAUCAGCUGCCUGAAGGAGACGCAGGAGAAGCUGAGGAUAGAGCUGGAUGCAACCAGAGCCCGCGUCCGGGAGACCAGCAACCUGCUGACGGACCUCCAGGAGGAGAUCGAGACCCAGAAACAGCAGCACGAGGCCCGAGUCAUGUCCAUCCGGACCGAGGAGAAGCAGAAGAUGGACAAGAUGGCGGAUGACCUGGAUCAGAAAUGGAGAGAUGCUCUGCGGGAGGAGGUGCGCCUGCUGAAGGAGGAGCUGACUGAGGAGUACGAGGCCGACAAGCAGGCGGCUCUGACCCAGCUGUCCCAGCAGAAGGAGAUCGAACUGAUGGCGGCUAGAGAGAGCUGGCAGAGGAAGGUGGAGGACCUGCUGGAACAGAUCUCCCUGCUGAAGCAGUCUCUGGAGCUGCAGCUCUCCCAGUCUCAGGCGGCUCUGCAGCAGCUGCAGUCUCAGUUCAGCCAGGAGAGGGAGCUGCUGAGCCAGCAGCUGAAAGAGAUGCAGAGGGAGCAUCAGAGGAGGGAGCACCGGCUGCAGGAGGCACACUGCUGUGCCCUCAGCACCAUGGAGGAGGCCCGGCAGCACCAGAUCAGAGCCCUAGAGGAGCGUCUGAAGCAGGAGCAGAGAGAGGAGGUCCAUGCCCUGAAGGAGGCGCACAGGAGAACUUUGGAAAUCCUGCGGCAGCAAUCGGAACAGGAGCUGCAGACUCUGCGCUUCGAGCUAGAGGACGAAGGAAAGGCCAAGCUGG